AUGAGCGCCACCAUGUUCAGCCUAAGCACAAGACGGUCCGUCGCACGGCAGUCCAACCGUCUCGCGACAGCUAGCCCCGGCGCCAGCGCGAUUCUGCGAUCUCGCGCCGAGAACCCAUCAAAUUCGCUAAUUUCAUGUCGGGAGUUCCAAUCGUCCCCAUCCACGGCUGCGUUUCGCCCGACAUGGAUGCCUAUGCGCGUCAAGACGCCGUGGGUCGAGGCUCUGAACAAGAGUCGGGAGACCGUGCAGCAGGGCCAGACGGAGGCGCCUCGCCCGAAGCCGGAUUUGACACCGAAAAAGAUGUCGGAUAGCUAUUAUAGUGCUAUUCUACCACUAGCCCAGGAUAAGUGGCUUUUGGAUACCUAUUUGAAUGCUUCUGGGCAUAUUAGACUUGGUUCGUUGCUCAUGGACCUUGAUGCCCUUUCCGGUGUUAUUGCCUAUAGGCACACAGGGGACUCUGUAGCGACUGUCACUGCUGCUGUGGAUCGGAUCACAAUCGAGCACCCCUUGAUGGAGAUCUGUGAUCUCGAGCUGAGUGGCCAGGUUACGUACGCCACUGGGAGGUCGAGUAUGGAGGUUUCGCUCCAGGUCGCGAAGGUCCCAGCCGCUGGCGAGAAGGCCAAGCCUGAGGAUGUUUUGAUUACUUGCGCGUUUACUAUGGUUUCUCUUGACCCUAAGACGAAGGCACCGGCCGCUGUUGCACCUCUUUUGAUAGAAACUGAGGAAGAGCGUGAACUGUUCCAAAAGGGGGAGAAGAACUACCAGGCUAAGAAAGCGCUGAGGACGAGAAGUCUUCUAGAGAAGGCCCCGGAUGAUGAGGAGAGUAACCUCAUCCACAAUCUAUGGAAGAAAGAAAUGUCGUAUCUUAACCCAGAAUCGCCGGCCCAAAGACCCCGCAACACUCUCUCCAUGAGUGGCACAGUCCUCAAAUCCGCUAUGAUUAUGCAGCCCCAGGACCGAAACCGUCAUAACUUUAUGAUCUUCGGUGGCUUCCUCCUCAAGCAGACCUUUGAGCUAGCUUUCUGCUGCGCAGCAUCCUUCUCUCACGCCCGACCCAACUUCAUCUCCCUGGAUCCUAGCACAUUCGAGAACCCAGUCCCGGUGGGGAGCGUUCUCUACCUGCGCGCUACCGUCGCCUAUACCGAACCUCUGGAGCGUGAGGGCGCCGAAAGCAAGUACACCAAGAUCCAGGUCCGCGUGGACACUAAAGUCCGGGACGUAGAGCACGGAACGAAGAAGUCAACAGGAAUGUUCAAUUACACUUUCUUAGUUGAGGGCGACGUCCACGUUAUGCCGCAGAGUUACGGCGAGUACAUGCUCUGGACGGAUGCUCGGAGGCGCGCAAGGAACACGGAUUCCUUGACGCCAGUGAGGGAACGGAGUGCGCUCCGUAGUAUUGACAGUGUGACUGAGUAG